CACUCUCCUUUAAAUUCUGCCCCCUUCUCUCCACUUCGUCGUCAACUCAUCACAGCCCGCGGAAAUCUCCCACAAUGCUCGGGGCGGAGGACCCAGAAUCCUUCUUCGCGACCGCGCCGCCGCUGCGCGACGCCGACGCCGACGCCGUCCGCACAAAGCUGCAAGAGUUCAUCGCCCGCAACUCCAUCAUCUCAGCGGGCGGGGUCGACAGGCGGCCUAUCGUGUGCGUCACGUCGGGCGGGACGACGGUGCCGCUGGAGCAGCGGUGCAUCCGGUACAUCGACAACUUCAGCUCCGGCCACCGCGGCGCUGCCUCCACCGAGUAUAUCUUGAAGGCUGGUUAUGCUGUUAUCUUUCUCCACCGACGAGGGAGUUGUCAGCCUUACUGUAGGUUCCUGCCUGAUGAUUCAUUCCUCAAAUUCUUAGACGUCAAUGAAGAAUCAAAAGUUCAAGUGGCCGAGUCCCAUCAGACAACCGUAAAGGAAUCAAUUUGGCACUAUUGCAAGGCUAUGGAAGGUGGCUCUCUGCUGAAACUCCAAUUCACCACAAUAUUUGAAUACCUUCAGUUACUGAGGAUGGUGGCUACAUCGGUGAGCACAGUCGGGCAACGCGGGAUGUUCUAUCUUGCUGCAGCCGUAUCAGACUUUUAUGUUCCUUGGGAUAGCAUGGCAAAACAUAAGAUUCAGUCAGCUGGAGGCCCUCUAGAGAUGAGGCUCAGUCAGGUUCCAAAAAUGCUUUCUGUAUUGCGGGACCAAUGGGCUCCCUUGGCAUUUUGUGUAUCUUUCAAGCUGGAGACAAAUUCAGACAUUCUUGUCCAGAAAGCAAAUAUGGCUCUGAACAAGUACAAGAUGAACAUUGUCGUGGCUAAUUUGCUUGCAACAUACAAAGAUCAAGUCAUUAUUGUCACAAACGGAGCAAGGAAUACUGUCCGGACGCGCAACAGUGAUGACGAUUUGGAAGAGCAGAUAAUCAAACUCCUAGCACAGAAGCACUCAAAGUAUAUUUGUUGAUCACAGAUGGAUGCAACCAGGGUCCAAACUGAAUUAUGACAAGUCUGUACCGUCGUGGUUUGGCCUCGAUACCUACAGUAUUUUAUUGGUAUCUACGUAUGGAAAUGGAAACAAAUCCCUGUUGAAUGUGAGCAAUCACUAUACCUGUAAUCUGUAAUGAUGUCGAUACCUGUGUGAACUGCAUCGACAUAUUCUUCUGGUUUUUAGUUUGCAGAAUUAUGGGAAGGUGAUACCAAAUGGGCCAUCAACUACUACUAAUGAUAGCUUUGAGACCAAAACAAAUAAUUGCAUGUUAAUUUAUGAAUGUCGAAUGCAACAGUGUUUCUCUAUUCAAGUUCUAGAUUCACC